AAAAUACUCAAAAAAUUGACAAAAAAAAAUAAUUUCAAAGCUUAUUAUUAAAAUAUUUAACUGAGUAAUAAUUUUGCAAUUAAAAUUUAAGAUGGACAGAGUCUCAUCUUUAGAAACGAAAUCCUUUUGUAGUAGCGGUAAAGUAGAGAAUAUAAAAACUCAGAAAAUUGAUAGCACUAAAGAUAGUAAAAGGAAUCGCAAUUAUAGAAACUUUUUUCGAAGGAAAUUUCAAAAAAAUAAUUUACGAAAACUACCAUUUUUGUCAUCAUCGCCGACAUCAUUAUCAUUUUUAUUAUCAACACUUCCAUCAAUAUUAUCAUCAUUAACAAUGAGAAAAAAUGAAAGAAAUUAUGCCGUUUUAGUUUUAACUAUUUUAUUAGGUUUAAUUCAAAAUAGUUUAAGCAGUCCAGUUUUUGUGGAUAAUCCUAGUAUAGCACAAUUUCAAUCAGGCAGAAAUAUACGACACCUUCCCUGCAUUGUUAGAAAAUCUGGUUUAUCAGGUACUUGUAUGUUUGCGAUUGAUUGCAUUAAGCAAAAUGGUACACAUCUUGGAACAUGUAUAGAUCGAUUUUACUUUGGCUCAUGCUGUAGGAUAAAGGAUGAUUAUUUUGCACAAGAUAUUAAUGACAAUAGCAUAGAUCAAAACACUAUAUCACAUUUUUUAAAUGAUAUUAAUACAACACCAAGUACGAUUGGUUCAUACAAACCCACAAUUCAGCAGGAGUUAACAACUCAUCACAAAACGAAGCCAACACUACCAGUCCCUUAUGUGCCAAUUUCAACGCCUACAACAAAGCAACCUUCAUUCAAACCAUCUUCAACCAGAUAUCCUGGAAUUAAGCCAUCAAUUAUUACAAGUAAGCCCUCACAAUCAACUUCCAUACUAACAACAACAAAGGGUCCAUCUGUCAACCUAAGUAAAUCAACAGCAUCUCCUAGCAAGUUACCAAUAAUUACUAAGCAACCCUUAACAACAAAACCGCCAAUUUUUUCAAGUUCCUCUACAACAAAAGCAGCCUCUAUAAAGCCUGAGCAAACUAUGUCAUCCACUAUUUUCCAACUAACACAAACAACUACAACAACAACAACAACUGUGAAGCCAACUGGCUUAGUAACGUGGACAAAUAUUGACAAUACACCUAAAAAUAACAUUUCAGUUUCGUUUAAUACUUCCAAUAUAAAUAAUGAGAGUUGGCAGCCAAAACCUAUGCCAGAUUGGGCUCUAAAACCAGCUUCUGUGUUAGAAAUAAAUAAAACAAAAAUUGAAACUCCUUCAAGCAGUCCGAAACCCAAUACACCGACAACGGAAGAUAUUAUAGCCAGCAGUAUCACAUCAGUUCUAGAUCAAUUAAAUAAUAUAACUGCAAACAACAUGACACAUACAACUGACAGUUCGUGGGUUUGGACCACUGAAACAAGACUUAAUACUUCAAGCACGACUUUAUCAAGUUCAAUUGAAAAUACAGCUAAUGCAACAAGCAAUGGAACAGCAUCAAUCAACGAAGGUUUUGGAAAUGCCACAUCAUCAACCGUGUCACCAAUUCCAACAUUGGAAGGAAUAGAUUAUAAACAAAUUUGUGGUAAACGUAUGUAUCCUGAACCAAGGAUUGUUGGUGGAGCAAAUGCUGCAUUUGGACGUUGGCCUUGGCAAAUAUCCCUAAGACAGUGGAGGACUUCAACCUAUUUGCAUAAAUGUGGUGCAGCAUUAUUAAAUGAAAAUUGGGCCAUUACUGCGGCGCACUGUGUUGAUAAUGUACCACCAUCAGAUUUAUUGUUGCGUUUAGGGGAAUACGACUUGGCUGAAGAGGAAGAACCGUACAGUUACCAGGAGAGACGUGUUCAAAUUGUCGCAUCACAUCCACAAUUUGAUCCAAGAACAUUUGAAUAUGAUUUAGCAUUAUUAAGAUUUUAUGAGCCAGUAAUAUUUCAACCAAACAUAAUACCAGUUUGUGUACCAGACAAUGACUAUGAUUUCCUUGGGCAGACAGCAUAUGUAACUGGCUGGGGCCGACUUUAUGAAGAUGGUCCAUUACCGAGUGUUUUACAAGAAGUUUCAGUACCAGUUAUUAAUAAUACAAUAUGCGAAACUAUGUAUAGAGCUGCCGGUUAUAUUGAACAUAUACCACAUAUUUUUAUAUGCGCCGGAUGGAAAAAAGGUGGUUAUGAUUCUUGUGAAGGUGAUUCUGGUGGUCCAAUGGUUUUACAAAGAGAAAGAGAUAAGAGAUUUGUAUUGGGUGGUGUUAUAUCAUGGGGUAUCGGUUGUGCUGAACCAAAUCAGCCUGGUGUUUAUACAAGAAUUUCUGAGUUCAGGGAUUGGAUUAAUCAAAUUCUUCAAUUUUAAACUAUUAUAAUUGUAAUAUUAACAGUAAUAAUGAAAAUUUAUGUAUUUUUAUAGAAAAAUUAUUACAAAAUUAGAAUUUAUAAAAAAUCAAAUGACAAUACUGUUUAUACAAAAGAUUUUAAUUAAUUUUUGGAACCAAUAUCUAAAGCAAUA